AUGUCGACAACUUCAAAUCCAAAGUGCUCUAUCGGCGGCGACGAUCUCAAAAUCUGCGUACAAAGGAAUUCAGAGCAAGAUGGCGACGAGCUAUGUUCCUACUGCAAGGACACACACCCAAUAAUCAUGUAUUGGAACCUCGAGCAGAUAGCCCUGCAACGCCCGAAGUUGUUGAAGUCGAUGAAGAAGUCGCGGAAGGACAUAUAUCUUGAUAUGUACAAAGACCAGCUCAAACGAGUGGCACCCGGUAAACACGUGUGCGUCCUCCGGCAGAAACGCUUCAGGGCCGACAAGGGUGACAACGAAUGGGUGAACUUUAUCAAGAAUCUCAGGAGUUACAUGAACGGAGAAAGAUCGCAUGAAAAUAAGGACCUGGUGCUUGUUGACUACGUCAUAUGCGAUGAUGUGGACGGCGAAGCGGAACUCUGCGCCAAGUGCCUGUCUGAUUUGCAAGGCCAAAAUCCCGUUAAAGAGAUGUUUUCGGAAGAUGGCAAACACUUGCUUCCAGAGCCAGAGUACAUUGGUAAAGGCAAGAAGGAGCCUGUGUUGGAGGAUAAAGAUGCUGCCACGGAGGAGGGGAGAGGAACGCGAGUCGAAGAAUAA